GGGUAACAAAAACCACGAACCUAUUUUCGUUUGUUACUAUCAUAAGAACAUGUUCUUGUUCUUCUUCUCUGAAAAAAACCGUAGCCAUAAACAUACUGAAAAUUCUCAGUGAAGAAAAUAAAGAAACUCUGCUGCCAUGGAAAGUACCGAUUCGUCGACGGGUUCGCAGCAGCCGAAUCUCCCGCCGGGGUUCCGGUUUCACCCUACUGAUGAAGAGCUUGUUGUUCAUUAUCUCAAGAAAAAAGCAGCUUCUGCUCCUUUGCCUGUAGCCAUCAUAGCUGAAGUUGAUCUCUACAAAUUUGAUCCAUGGGAGCUACCAGCUAAGGCAACGUUUGGGGAGCAAGAGUGGUAUUUCUUUAGUCCGAGGGACAGGAAGUAUCCGAAUGGGGCGAGGCCAAACAGGGCAGCAACUUCUGGUUAUUGGAAGGCAACUGGUACUGAUAAGCCGGUUUUGACUUCUGGAGGAACGCAAAAAGUUGGUGUGAAGAAAGCUUUGGUUUUCUAUGGCGGAAAACCACCAAGAGGAAUCAAAACCAACUGGAUCAUGCAUGAGUAUAGGCUUGCUGAUAAUAAGCCUAAUAAUAGGCCUCCUGGUUGUGACUUGGGCAACAAGAAAAACUCUCUUAGGCUUGAUGAUUGGGUUUUGUGUCGGAUCUACAAGAAAAGCAACACGCAUCGAUCACCGGUGGAACACGAUAGGGACGAUUCAAUAGAAGACAUGAUAGGCGGAGUACAUCCGUCGAUCAACGUGGGUCAAAUGAACGCGGCAUCAAGGUUUCAUCAUUUUUCAAAGAUGUCAUCAAGUAGUUACAACAAUACAUUGUUGGAGAAUGAUCAAAAUUUAUUAGAAGGAAUGAUGAUGAACAACAAUAAUCUAGGAGGAGGUUCAAAUUCCAAGGGUGGAGAGUUAUCUUUUGUGCCAACCAUGACAACAUCUUCAAAUGCAAAUUCACCUUCCAAAAGAACACUUUCUUCUCUCUACAAUUGGAAUGAUCAUGAAGAUGUUGCAGCAGCAGGUCAAGUUGGUAGUUCAUCAUCAAACAAAAGGUUCAAUUUAGAAAGUGUGGUGAGAAAUGAUCAUCAAGAGAAUGGUACUACUUCUUUUGCUUCUCUCCUUAAUAAUCUCCCUCAAACAUCUUCAUUGCAUCAACAACAACAACAACAAACAAUGUUGGGAUCAAUACCAUAUCAAAUUCAAGGCAUGAAUUGGUAUGGAUAAAUAAUUACUUCAAUUAAUUAAGGUACUAUAAACUUAGAUGAAUGAGUCAAGAUCAAUCAUCAUCAUCAACAACAUGGUUAAGUACCUUAACCUUUUACACUACUCUCUCGAAUUUCGCGCCGACUAGAUUGUAAAGAAGGUAUUGAGAUUUUGGUUGUUAAUUAGGAAUUUGGAAGAAGCAAGUUAGAAAUGUUUCUUCAUAGUCAUUGGAAGCAGUUGCAGCAGCUGGCUAGCAUGCAGGUGAGGCCAUGGAUAUUUUUAGUUAAAUUUUAAUAUAGCUUUAUACAUAUAGAUAUAGAUAUAGUUAUAGUUAUUUGCUUGCUUUUAUUUUUAAUGGUAUGAAAAUAAAAAAAAAUAAAAAAAAAAUGUUGGUAGCUCUUUCAUGUACAAAUUGUUUAAAAGGGAGGGAAAAAGAUUCAGAGAGAGAUAAUCAGUAGUUAUAUUUUAUAUGUUUUUAUUGAUUAUAUAUACAUUGAUUUAGGAUACAUUGUAUAUAUAGAUCAUAUACUUGUAGAACAAGAACUACUUAAUGAAGAUGCAAGAAUUAAUUAAAUUGGAAA